AUGCACCAAGAGCCAUUGCCUUCUGGAAGGACUACUUGGACUCCGGUGUUUCAUCCACCAAUGCAAUGCUCGCCGCCUGUGAGGACUUGGAUUGGAGCGAGUUCAAAGAUCUUUGCGAAGAGUGCCUCCCCUUGGAGUUUUUCUUUGACGUCUUCUUGUUCUUGGAGCUGCCUUUCUUGCGUGCUGCUGCUGCCCUUUGCCCACAGUGACCGGUGGAAAGGACUCUCCUGCAGAGAUUCUUCCGCCAGUCUCAGAGAAGAAGCCUCGCCAAGCUUCACAAGCUGCAUCUUCAAGCAGUUGCUGCUGCAGCUUUGGCUGGGAUUCAGUGGAGCUGGCAUUUUCUCUUGGGUGAGAGGAAGAAGACAGACACAGGAAGACAAGUCAGUCCAGGAGUGCCGAGAGGCAGCCACCCCGAAACAUCGCAUCAUUGGGUUUGUGCCGCGACCCCCAGAAGAAUAUGUGGAUGAAAAUGGACACGUUGACUUCACUGGCAGCUGGAAGUGUGCAUCAGCUGGUGGCGAUUUGCACGGCGUUUUUGCAGACAUGGGCAUAGGCUUCGUUGUGCGACAGGGGAUGGCAGCUUUUGGCUGGGGAAGGGGUGCUGUGGUCCGAAAGUAUGAGCAGAAUGGCAACCAUGUGAAGGUGACAGAAAGAGCAUUUCACGAGAUAGUGCAAGAAUUUGACGUGAACGGACAAGAGCAAAGAGUGAAUUGUGGCGACUUUGAUGUUCUUCAGACCUCAUACUGGGAUCCGCAGAUCCCCCAUGUCCUUCAUUGGCGGGCAAGCGAUUUAGAAAAAGCAGAGCCAAGUAAAUGGACGAGCACCUGCCAAUUCUUUCUGGAUAAGGAUCACUUCCGCAUUGAGACUACCUCAGCAAGCAACAAGGUUGCCUUCUGGAUUUAUGAGCGUGAGACGACUGGCAGCUCCUGA